UCAGUCAACUUCUCCUCUCCACUGUAUUGGCUGAAGAAUGGGGAAGAUAAACUCGAUCCUGGAACUGCAGAAUUAGGCUACAAUUAGACUAAGGCAGUCGUCCGCACGUAAAGCAGGUGGUAGGACCGCCUUUGGGGUGGAUGGGCGUGUCUUCUUCUGGACUGCCAUCUAGAGAAUCUGCGCUGGCGAUACUACUUCGUGGUGGCCUUCUUGUUCGCAGUACGGACGUAACCUUUGCUUCUUCAGCGAAGUCUGGAGCCGGGAGGAGUAAAACAACUGAGUAAUCUGAAACGUGGUCUCCAAAAUGAAUUUCUUCCUGGAAACGCUGAAAAUCAUUUUGCUGUGUAUAUAUUAUCUGAUGGAGUUUUUCUUAUCGUUUAUCUAUGCACGGAAGAAAAAUGUUGCUGGUGAAAUAGUGCUUAUAACUGGAGCUGGAAGUGGAAUGGGAAGACUGAUGGCUUUAAAAUUUGCUCGACUUGGAGCUACUUUAGUUCUUUGGGAUAUUAAUCUGGAAGGAAUCAAAGAAACAACUAGAUUAGCACGUAAUAUUGGGGCUAUGAGAGUACAUGACUACAUUUGUGAUUGCAGCAAAAGGCAAGAAGUCUAUCAAGUGGCAGGCCAGGUGAAAAAAGAAGUUGGUGAUGUUGGUAUCCUGAUUAAUAAUGCUGGCAUCAUAACAGGAAAGAUGUUUUUAGACACCCCAGAUAUGCUUCUAGAGAAGAGUAUUCAAGUGAACACAAUGGCACACUUUUGGACUGUCAAAGCAUUUGUUCCAGCCAUGGUAGCUUCUAAUCAUGGACAUGUGGUGACUAUUUCAAGUGCAGCUGGUUGUUAUGGUGUCAACAAAAUGACUGAUUACUGUACAAGUAAAUUUGCAGUUCUGGGUUUUGCUGAAUCUCUAGCUUUAGAGAUGUUCGCAAUGAAAAAGAAUGGUGUUAAAUCUACAAUUGUCUGUCCAUAUAUAGUGAACACUGGAAUGUUUGAAGGCUGUGAAACAAAGUGGUCUCACUUGCUGCCCAUUAUAGAUCCAGAAUAUGCUGUUGAAAGAAUUGUGUCUGGGAUACUUCGAAAUGAGCGAUAUAUCUUUAUACCACGAAGUCUACAAUUGUUUAACAUAGUAAAAAGCAUUGUUCCUGCAAAAACGCUUGAUAUCCUUUAUGACUAUUUUGGAAUUUUAAAAGUUAUGCAUAGAUUCAAAGGUCGGACAAAGAAGAUGGAUGAUUACAAAUAUCAGACAAAAUCAAUAAAACCUCCAGGUUCUCUUGACUAAUUAUAAAUUGAGAAGCCAAUAUAUAGAACUUCCAAUUUAAUUAAUGUUGUUGCAAAGGGUACACUUAAAACAACAAAUCUGGAAUGGCUUAUUAGCAACAAGUUAAAUACUGGGAACAGGGUAUGAAUAAUUUUAACCAUAACUGUUUUUACAAUUACUGAAAUAUAACCUAAUGGUGAUGCUUUAUUUUAAUGAAAUUACUUAAUUAUAGGGAACAAAUUACUUUUUGGUGGACUGUUAGCAAACCAAGGAAAAUAGUAAAUUAAUAAACUAAUGAUAUAUAAGGUGAAGGUGCUCUAACCUAGUUUAGUCUAAUUUCCCCAUUCUGACCAGGAGAUUGUGGUUUUUCACUUUAGAUGAGAAGAGGAAGAGGUUCCUGUGACUUCUCCCAAAAUGCUGAGUUAUUAUUUCAUAGUUAUGUUCUGUAUCCUAACCCAGACUGACUACAACUGCCUAUCUAGAAAUUGAAUGGGAACAUCUCAUGAGCUCUGGCUUUCCAGACUUUGCAGUAGAAAAAUCUUAGCUUCAAGGUACCCAGCCAUGACAAUUUUGUCAUCAGCUAACUUGGCAUUUUAGAUACAAAAUGAAGAGGCUUGCAGCACCAGCAAUUAUUUAUUGUUCAGAUUUUUCACAACCAAGAAUAUUUAGACCUCUGCUUGGAUAUGCCCCAGUAAGAAUCAUAGGCCUUUAUCUAAUUAAAUUAUCCAUUUUAAAAUACAAUGACUAAAAACAAUAUUUUUAAUAUUAGCAAAUUUUAAAUUGUAUAAUGUAGCAGUCUACAUCAACAUUUUCUUUACUAACACUCUGCACUUCAGGGGCCAUCUAUUCGAUGUGAAAACUCUUUCUGUUGGGAACCAGUUUAUGAACGUUUUGAUUCACUGCUCUUGCAAAAUGUUUCUUUCAUUAAACUGUUGUUUAUAAUUAUUAAGAUUAUAUUACAGGAUCCAAUCUGAUGCAAAUGCUUCACAUGAAAAUAACUGCACUGUUCUUGUGAAAUAUAAAAUGCUUUGUCUUAUA